AUGGGUUUAGUCUAUGCAGAAAAUUUUCAGGUUUCACCUUCUUCACCUCGAAGUUCAUUUCGGAUCCCUAGAACCAGGCCAACCUCAAUAAAUGGAUCGGUUUCCGACUGUUCAGGAUACACACCCCGGAAGUUGGCCAUUCUACCCGAAUCUAAGUGUACUUCUGAGCAGAAUGCAUGCUCACCGCCAACUCAAAAUCCAUUGAUAACUGCAGCUGUUGCUCUUCCUCCAAUUACAACUUUUGGGGCUGCCUCGCCGUCUUUUCCCGCCAUUGAAUCCUCUAUACUUGGGGACGAGCAAACUAAAUCAUUUCCGCUUCCAGCAGUGGACUAUUCGGCAGGCAUAAGUGAUCCAAAUAGUCAGGAUCUAACAGAUCGUCCCAAUAUUCUUCGCUGCAACGGGUGCCACAACCAGAUUUCUCUUAACAAAUUUGUGAUCUCGACUAACUUUUACGGCAAUUAUGGGCCAGCAUUGUUUGUUUCGGAUGUUCUUAAUGUCAAGUUAUCAGACGAUAAGAGUUUCCAGCGGAUGAGGACUGGCCGUUAUGUUGUUAAAACUAUAUAUUGCCGUCAAUGUCAGACGAAUAUAGGCUGGAAAUAUCUGUUCAGUGAGGAGGAUGGUGAGAAGUACAAAGAGGGCCGCUUUGUCAUUGAGCGGACUCAAUUGGAAGAAGUUCCGUACUGA